UCUUGUACACAUGAAAAAACUCAUAAAAAGAAAACCACGUGUUCUCACAAUGUUUUAUUAUGAGCAGAGAAAUUCGUUCCUGAUAAUGAAGCUUAAGGCUCUAAUGAAGACACACAUGGCAAUCAGCAACGCAGUACAGAUGCUGAAUAAGACCUUGAGUUUGCAACUCCUUGUCACGAUAAUCAUAACCUUUUUUGAAAUCAAUCUUGAUAUGUAUGUCUAUUUAGUGCAAUGGAAUAAUGGAAUGGUCCUCAAUUUGGAUAAACAGAUUGGUGAGUUAUUCUUAUCAGCCAUGGUACAGUAUAUUACAAAAAUGGUGUUAAUUGUGUGGGUAUGCGAGACUGGCAAGAAUGAGGCUCAAAGAAUUCGCACUACGAUUCACGAUGUACUUAACAGCAUCAGAGACGAGAAAAUAAAAAAUGAGUUGCAGUUGUUUUCACUACAAACAUUGCAUUGUAAAAUUACAUUUUCUGCCAAAGGAUUCAAUGUGGAUGCAACAUUUCUCGCGACGAUGAUGGGUACCAUUACUACGUAUAUGUUAAUUUCGAUACAAUUCUUUGUUACUUCACAUUCUUGCGAUGGAAAAUCUGCAAUCAAUAGUACAUAA